CGUUGCAUUCUCGCGACAAGCCGUUCUUCACUUCAGAGACCAGACAACCAGCUAUCCUCCCGAUCCAACAAUGACAAAGAGAACCAAGAAGGCUGGAAUUGUUGGAAAAUAUGGUACUCGCUAUGGUGCUAGUUUGAGAAAGCAAAUUAAGAAGAUGGAGGUUAGUCAACACAGCAAGUACUUCUGUGAGUUCUGUGGAAAGUAUGCCGUGAAGAGAAAAGCUGUAGGAAUAUGGGGCUGCAAGGAUUGUGGGAAAGUCAAAGCAGGCGGUGCUUAUACCAUGAACACUGCCAGUGCGGUGACUGUGAGGAGUACUAUUAGGAGGCUGAGGGAGCAAACUGAGAGCUGAACCGACCUAUUCUACUUUGAUAGGAUGAUGUUUUUCAUGUUUUAGCUAAAAGACUUAUGGGAUCUCUUUUUGACCA